CGAGAGAACAGGCAGCGAGGGGGCGGCACAGCGAGGCCCCUUCUGGCCAGGGGGAGCGAGGCGCGCUCCGUUUUCCCCGCCCUCCCCGAGGGGGUGUUUCCCCCGCGCGUGCGAGGUGUCGCUGUUACACAAGGCGUCGUGUUGUUGACGUCCAGUCUCUGCUCUGGGGAGAGCAGGAGAGGGCUGUUUUCGGACGGUGCUGGCGGCAAAAAAAAAAGGCGGGAGGCUAGCCCAGGAUGUUGAAGACUAUAAAGCAAGCACUCUUUUCCAGUGGCCUAGAGAUGCCCAAAUGGACAGCACUGCCAAACCAGGCUUCUGAUUAUGAAAUUCGACAGUAUGAGCCAGCCAAAUGGGUGUGCACAUCAAUCAAAACUGUGGACUGGGAUUCAGCUAUCAAUACAGGUUUCACAAAGCUCUUUAACUAUAUUAAGGGCAAGAAUGAAAAAGGAGUGAAGAUAGAUAUGACUGCUCCAGUGACAUGCUAUGUGCAGCCAGGAGCUGGCCCAUUCUGUGAGUCCACCACAAUUGUUUCUUUCUAUGUGCCAUCUCAACACCAGGCAAACCCACCUAAGCCCACAGAGGCAGAUGUUUUCAUUGAAACCAGACCAGCAAUUACUGUAUUUGUCAGGUCAUUUGGAGGAUUUGCCAAUGCUAAAAGGAACCAGGAAGAAAUACUGGCACUUGUUGAAAGCUUGAAGCGGGAUGGGAAAGCUUUUCAGGAAAAGGUCUAUUACAGUGCUGGCUAUGAUAGCCCAUUUAAAUUACUGAACAGGCACAAUGAAGUUUGGCUUAUCAAGAAAAGCUGAAACCUCAGUAAUGCAACUUAAUGUCCAAAUGUGUCCUUAACAAAACAUAAUAUUUUGUAACAGAUUAUGCUAUAACAGCAUUUUUGUAUAAUUAUUUCUAACGUUUAAAAAUUCUAUUGCUGUGUCUUCUGUGCUUUCAAACCUAUCAGUGCCAACAUGAAUGGACAUAUAUUUUGCUGCAACACUGCCUCUUGUCCAGCUGCAUAUCUAAAAUUAGAAGUGGUACCAUACUAUUGGAGAGACCACCAGAACAGAAGAGAACAUAUACUUUGAAAAUGUUACUGAAUCCUCUCUCUAGAAAGGCUAAUUCUUUGUUCAAAUAACCUGACUGAACAAUGCUGAAUUUGGUGCAUGGACGCUACAGCUUUUGAAUCCUUAUACAGGUUUCCAAAUAUCCUAAGCCUAAGGCAAGUGUGUAAAACUGAAAUAGUGUGUAAGGGUGGGUGAGGUACAAUGUUCUACACUGAAAUAGUGUGUAAGGGUGGGUGAGGUACAAUGUUCUUAAUUAAAUCCUUGUCCCUGAUUCUCCCCUAGUUCUUUAGGCAUUUGGAACUCACAUUUACUUACUACCGGUAAAGGAACCCCACCUUCUCUCUUUCUGGGGACACUACUUUUCUAUGUAUGGAAGGUGAUACAUCUGAAGACCCCCCUGGGGGAUCUCCAUGUGAAACAGGAUGCAGGGUCCACAGAGUGUCUACAGAUGCCUGGGGCUCACUGCUUCAGACAUGUCUAUCCAUGCAUAGAAGAGUGAUACAUAAAGGAAUGGGGCUACCGGAAACUCUGGUAAGUAUUCCAAAUGCUUAAAUAGUGUCUUUGUUUUAGUAAAAUUAUUAUUCUACUUAGCCACAGCUAGGGAAAUUAUUACUAAAGGUAAGGGGAGCAGAGUUCCUACCAUCAGAUGGUAUCACUUCCUUGAAGGUCUCCAGAGUAUAUUCUGCAGCAACUAAUGAAUCGGCUUCAGGUUUUAGACAUCAGUGCCUUUAAAGGAGAGGGGCUAUGUUUUCAGAUGUAUUAUUUUCACCAUACCUAUGCCAUAAAUAUCCCAGUGCAGUUAAUAAGUCAGAGCUGCCAAAAUAAUGUCUAAUCUUUACACUUUUGGUAGCCAAACUGAGGUGUUUCAUCUGGAUCAAACUGACAUUGGUUUUUGUAUUGCAAAACACUGAGUGAAGUUUAGGAAGCUGCAGAGCAGGUCAUUUUGGCCCUUACGUAUACCACAGGGUUGAUGUUCCUGCCUUAAGGGUAUUUUCCACGUUAUAUGAUUGCAGUGUGUUCUUCUUAAAUGGAAACCUGUAAUGUAUGACUGAUCAAUAUGUUGUCACUAUAUAGUACAAUUCUGCCAGAAGGCUGUAGUUGAAUAACUAGACUGACAGGCAUAUUGUCAUGAGGAAGUUAACAUAUGGUGCCCAUCUUCAUAGAUGCUUCACUGGAUAUUUUAAUACAGGACAAACUUGCAUAUAUUAUUUUUACCACUCAUUAAACUUCUUGGGGUAAGGGA